UGGUCCUGAUGCCAGUCUCUUCCAGUUUCGAUAUAACACAUAUUUAAUCGGUGGUGCGCGUAUUAUCCUCUCUUGAGGGUGUUUUUUUUUCUCCAUAAAUUCAAUAUUUUCUAUUCGAUUUUGUUUGGAACAAUAUAUUUUUUUUUUUCCAAUCCAUUAUGGAUAAGUGUUUUCUUUUGUUGCUGAUGAUUAUCAGUGUGGCGACGUGCUUCACAACACCAACAAAUGUUGAUGAAAAUGUCCUCGAAAAGGGCUAUCGAUCAUUGUAUCGCGUCUAUGAGGAGUGUCAACAGCGAAAUGUUGGUGUGACGCCGUGUUUAAAGAAAAAAGCCAUAGCCUUCUUUGAUCGUAUUGGAAAAAUUGAAUCGUUGCCAAUUGCUGAAAAUCUUGAAUUAGUAAGAUCGUCGGAUGCGCCUGAAAUCAUUGAAUCGCCAACUGCUUCGGCUGAUCUUGAAACAUUGGGACGACAAUCUGGUGCAUCGAGAGAUGAAAUUCUCAAUGAUAUUCUCUUUGAGAAGGUGGCAAAUUUAAUGAAUGGAUUUAAUGUUCAAAUCAGAUUGCCAAAAACAUCAUCAACUGAAUUAAAACGCAGUAUUGAGGAGGGUAGGGGUAAAAUGAAAAAAAUGAUGGGAAUGAUGAUGAUGGGUAUGGCUAUGAAAAUGGCAGCAAUGGUACCGCUUGCAAUGGGUGUACUAUUUUUAUUGGCCGGCAAGGCGCUUAUCAUCAGUAAAAUUGCCCUUGUUCUGUCAAUGAUUAUUGGAUUGAAGAAACUAUUGUCGCAAAAAGGAGGCGGCGGUGGUGAUCAUGGUGGAUGGCAACAGGGAGGAGGAGGCGGUGGUGGCGGAUGGGAUCGAAGUCUCAAGGGGGGUAUUGUCAAUCCUCUCAAUAUGGAACUUUCCGAUUCUGAUCGUCAAUAUGCGCAAAAUCUUGCCUAUAAUGGAGCAAGGCAAAUGCCACUCACGAAAUAAUUGUAUACUAUUAGAGACAAUUAAAAAAAAAAAAAAAGAAAAACGAUUCGAUUUCCGAGUUUGCUAUAUGAAGGAAAAACAAUUUUCCUCGAAUAAAAACUUUUUGUGCAAAAAUUAUUUAAGUAACAUUAAAAAUAAUACAAAAAAAGUUAAAUCGUGCAAAAAUUGUGUUGGAGAAAAUUUAAAUUGCAACUUAAAAUUUCAAAUUUCAAAUUAAAAUAAAGUACAAAAAGAAAUUUAGUUACAAAUUAAAUUUUCUUUGUGGCUUAAAUUCUAAAAUAUUUCUAGGAAAGUAAUUUCUAUAUAAUAUCAGUGUAAACAGAAUUUUUUUACUUUCAUUAUAUUAUUCAACUCUAGUAAUUUUUGUUGUUAACAAUUUUGCAAAAAAAAAAAAAAAAAAAAAAUUCUAUUUUAUCACAUUGUUAUUGUUGUACAAAGGAUAAUAUAAAUUUUUACAAAGGUUUCUUUUUACAAUAUUUAUAGAAAAUGACUCUACAUCGACGAAUUUUGUUUAUUUAUUAUAGAAAAAAUUGUCCAUUUGUGAUAAAGAAUUUUCUUUUUCUAUUUAUUAUUUUAUUUAAACAAAUAAUUGAAUUUUAAUUAUGUACAUAAUGUGAAAAAAAUUAAUAUUUUUUCUUUUUUUUUGGGAAAUUCUCUAUCAAACAAAUUGUGACAAUUUUUAUCGUAAAAUAGUGGCCAUUUUAAUUGCGAUGAUAAUUUACGAUAAAGGGAAUUUUCUUCUUUUAUGAAAGACACGACAAAAAAAUUGUCAAAAUUUGGAAAAUGACAUUUUUUCUCAUUCACGACAAAUACAAACACAAAAUUUUUCAACCAAAUAAUAGAAAAUAAUUUUUAUAAUUCGCAAAAUGAGAAAAUAUUUAAUUUUUACAGUUGACGAUAAAGAAGUGACAUUUGUAAAUUAUGAUAAAAUUUGAUAAUUGUUUGUACACUCAGAAAAAAAAUUAUUUUGAAUCAAAGGGAAAUUUCUUUAAAUCAAUCAAUUUACAGUACAAAAAAUAUUUUAUUAAUUUAUCAAAUGUUUUCUAUAAUAUUUAGAAUCUUUGUUUAAUUUAGCUUUUUUCUAUCCUUCUGUUAUAGAAUAUUUUUAUAAAAUCUUUCUUUUAUAGAUUUUUUUUUAAAUAUAAUCUUUCUUUCUUUGAAAUUAUUUCUUUUAUAAUUUUUCAUUGAUAAAGAAUUUUAUCUUUGGUUCAUAAUUUUUUUCGCUCUCAAAAAGAAACAUUUCUUUGUAACAAAAUAGCAGUAUUUCAUUUUGAAACAAAUAAAACAAAAAAAAAACACAGAGUAAUCGUUUUGUUGAAUUGAUAAAUUUUUUCCCGGUGUAUAUAAUUAAAAAAAAAAGAGUUGAAGGACUAAUUAUCUAAUAGAAAUUUUAUACAGUGAUCUAUAUUUGUAUGGUUUAAAUUUUUUUUCAUCAUUCUUUGUUUUUUGGCUACAUUUUGGUUUUCAGUUAUUUUUUUCACGUUUUUUUUUUUUCUUUGCAAUCUCGGAGUAGCAAUCGUUGAUGAUAAAACACACUAACCCAUGAAUCGGUAGCAAGAGCUAUAGCGAUUAGCGAUAAUACCGGUAAAAUAGUAGUUUGUAAUAUAUAGAAACAAAAGAUAAUGACAGGCGCCUCGAGUCUCUUUUCCCCUUGAGUUAAUAUAUAUUGUAUAUGUGAGGGAAUGGAUGAUUCAAGGAAGAAAGAGAAUCGAUUGCGUGCAAGAAACAUUAAUGUACCCGCACUGAGUUUAAUGACACUAAUCGGUUAACGGAAUCAGGAAGACAUAUAUAUACUGUAUGUUGCGUCAAUCUGCGGAAUCUCAUAAUCAUGCAAUGUUUCUUUUUCAUUGUAUAUAUAUGAGCUCACAAAAUACUCGCACAAUUCAAUGUCAAGUUUAAUCCUCUCUUCGGCCUCCACAACAUUUUUCUUUCUUUUUUUUUCUUUUCUUUUUAUAUUUAUUUUUAUAGUUGUUACUUGUCACUAUUCUUUUUUUAUUAUAAUUAAUGGUAAUUUUCUUUUACAAUAAAUAAUGAAAAUUAUUAAAAUUGUAUUACAUAUUAAAAUACAAUGUAUUACUAAACUUAAAAUUAUUUUAUUUGGGAAAGAAAUUAUUCUACUAUACAUAAAAUGAAAUUACUUUAAUUUUCAUAAAAGAAAACAUUUUAUUAUUUAUAAAAUAAUAAAAUGAUUACUAUUUGAUUUUUACUAUAUAUUCGUUUAUAUUUAUUUUUCUACUUUCAUGGAAAUUAAUUAAUUAUAAAUUAAUUUCUUUCACUGAAAUUAAAUUCCUCGUUUGAAUUUAAAUGCUGAAGAAAAGGGUUAAAUUGGGUAGAAAAUAACAAUUUAGAAGCAUAUGCCUGUCAGUGUAAUCGCGUAUACUUGGAUGUAAAUCGAAUAAUAACAUUAUUUAUUUGUAUUUGUAAGUCGAUGUAAGACGAUGCAAAAGUGUUGCAAAAUAAAGUCAUUUGUUUAUAAUUAA